GUCAAUUCUUAUCUGCCGCAUUCUGUUACCAUUACUUUGCUUGUCCUCGUAGGGCUGAUUUUUGCCUGCAGAUAUAGUCGCCAUUAACAAUUAGGUAGUUGAAAGGGAAGAAGUGUUGCAGAUUUUAUUCAGUUCAAGAAGUAACAGGCCUAGGCAUUACAAUGCUAGGAAGAAUUGUCCUUCCGAUAGUAAGGAAGUCACUCUCAUACAAUGAAGCAGCUGUGGCACAUGUGAGGGCUUACCAUCCACCAGCCCAUUAUAAACCACCAACCAUGGAUGAUCUUCCUGUUCCACAAGGAUCAUGGCAGACACAACAUGAUUCUAACCAAACUAAAUACAACAUACAUUUGAUCGGAGGGGUUACAUUACUGACAUUCACACUGGGGUUUGUUGCCAAAAGUGGUAUCAUUGACUUUAACACAUCUCCUCCAACACUGACAAACGAAGAAAUUUCUCAGAUGUAGACAGAAAAUGUAAGAGGAACACAUAAACACUUGUGUAGUUGAACUUCUGUUAGUGUAUAUAUGAAUACUGUUAUAAAAAAUACAUUAGUGUCUGUUUUAAAUGUAAUUUGUUUAUUCUAAUAAAAUGAAAGGUGGAUCAAGCUCAA